AGAGAAAAAAAAAGCAGACAGCACGCAGCUCGGCAGCAGCCCAUAGCCCAAGCUCACGGCACGCAGCGGAGCAGCCGCCACCGGGCACCGUCACAUAGCCGCCGUCCGCCGCGGUGCCGGCCAGUGGCCACCGGCACGCGCACCAGCCGCCGCCCACACAGCAUCGCGGCGACUCGGCGAGUCGGCCGAAGCCGACCCACGACGGCACGACCCUACCGGCACACAGCAGCGGCGAGCCAGCGACCCAGAUCCCGCAUCGCCUUCACAUAACUGCAGUUCGGCGCUGCCCCUUGGGGAUUUUGUUGCCGGGCGAUGUCGGCGAUGCCGCUCCCCCCACCGCCACCGGCCGACGGCCCGGCGGCGCUCCCGCCCCCGCCGGGGACGGACAUGACGGGGAUCUGCUUCCGCGACCAGCUCUGGCUCAACACCUACCCGCUGGACCGCAACCUCGUCUUCGACUACUUCGCCCUCUCCCCGUUCUACGACAUCACCUGCAACAACGAGUCCCUCCGCUCGCGCCAAAUCCACCCCCUCGACAUGUCCCAGCUCACGAAGAUGACCGGGCUGGAGUACGUGCUGAGCGAAGUGAUGGAGCCGCACCUGUUCGUGAUGCGCAAGCAGAAGAGGACGAACUCCGAGAAGUCUGACGCCUUGCUCGCCUACUACAUCCUCGACGGCUCCAUCUACCAGGCGCCCCUGCUUGGCAGCGUUUUCGCCUCCCGCAUAAGUAGGGCUAUGCAUCACAUAUCAAAAGCAUUUUCUACGGCAUGCUCAAAAUUGGAGAAGAUUGGUAAUGCGGAAACAGAGGCUGAUGCGGCAGCUUCUGAAUCAAAGGCCCAGAAGGAAACAAUUGACUUGAAGGAGUUGAAACGAGUUGAUCACAUCCUCAUGUCUUUGCAACGGAAGCUGCCUCCUGCUCCUCCCCCUCCACCCUUUCCGGAUGGUUAUGUCCCAUCAGAACAAGAGAAAGGGCCAGAUGAUCUGUUGGCCUCGGAGGCAUUGCCUCCUGCAAUUGACCCCAUCAUUGAUCAAGGGCCAGCAAAAAGACCAAGAUUUCAAUGAGAUCGUGCCGUCGAUCAAGUAAAACUACUGCCACACUAAUGGCAUGUUGUAUUGCAAAUGAUAAAGUAGAGAUUUGUAAUUCCUGAGCUGGGAAGGUGCAGACCAUUUUCUGAAUGUACACUUCCACUUGAUCCUUGAUAGUCAUGUAAGGCCAGUUUGUGGUUUUGAAACUCCUGAGGGCAAGUACAUUGGUUGAUAAGAUAAUCUUAUUUUAAGUCUUGCAUGUAAUGUAAAGAUGAUCAUAAAAGCUUGUCUACAA